CAGGAGCUCAUAACAGAACUUUAGGUCCCAUUUUCUACAAAAGGUUUGACCCUCUAAAUAGGUUGGUAGUAUCACGGACAAUAAAAAUCACAUGGUCAGCUGACCCAAUUUGGGGGCGUUUGGGUCCCAGGCCCCUAAAAUUACCCUAAUUCGAGACUCCUAUUUGGUCCCAUAAUUCUCAAAGCUUAAAAGUUAGUAACGUGUGUCAUUAUAUGAGAGAAUCUGAAAAAUGAUAAAGCUUACCGAAAAAUUGGGUCUUAAGACUGGGUCAGACCCCCCUCAAAGACCAUAUUUAGGACCUUAAUUUGUCCCCAUAAGCUACAAACUCCAAAUUUUGCACAAACAUUCUCUAACAUAGUGUAAUGUCAGUGGUCAUAAAGCUGACCAAAAAUUUGGGUCUCUUGGCCUAGUCAGACCGCGUCUCGCCCCAUAUCUCUAUUUUUAAUGCGGAGGAGAAGCAAUAGAAAAACAUUUGUCUUAUUUCCAAUGUGUUCAGGGCCUUAACUUAUUUUUAGAAUUUUUUUAAAUAGAAUAGAACGUUUUCGUCCAAAUACAACAGGAAACCGACAUAACAAACCAGACAGUGAAAGAAAAAAGUUAAGAGAAGCAGUUAUUUUGAAGCAAGUGAAGUAAAAACGUGAACAAAUUACCGGGAUAUUUGCAUAUUAGACUAUCAAAUAUAGAAAAUUAGAAACUUUAGAUAAAAUGUGAUAGAUAGAAGAUAUGACAGGUAAAGAUAUAUGUAAUUAUAUCAAGUUUUUAGUUACUGCAUGUUGUAGUCAGUUUCGGAUGAUAAGUCAAAAAAAGUUUUAAUAGUCUGUUGUUGAACUGAAUUUUUUAAACAUAUAUUUUGUCAAUUUUUACUUCAUUGAUUGAAUUUCUCAUUUCGUAGAAUUUUCGAACAAAGAAAUAUUCAAUAAGAUCAAUGAAAGCGAUGGUAAGAGGAAAACAUAAUUAAUUAGAAUACAUUAAUUUAAGAUAACCAAUAACAAGUUAUUAUUGUGAUAUUUUGCAGAUGUUGUAGCUACUGUAGAUGACAAUUUAAAUGCAAAUGGAAAUACUGACAGUGAUGAACGAUGCUGUGUGCUGCAUGUUGGUGAUGGAUACAAAGUUGGCAAAAUAAAUCUCUUCAAUACGGAAACCCUGGGAAAGUGCAAAUCUAUCUUAGUUACACGUAAAAAUGGAAAUCUAAAGUACAAGGAUACGCAACUUCCUGGCUUUGUGAAUAAAAUUCAAGGAUUUCAUUUAAAUUGUUACAAAAGAUUUAUAGCAUUGUCUGAAACACAGAGAAAAAAUCUCCCCAACGAUAAGAAAGUAUCUAAAGCUGUCCCUUUAACCCGUUCAAAAAUUUCCAUAACAGUGCAAUCAUCUUCAACAGGAGUGUUUUCAAAGAUAUGUAUUUUCUGCAUGCGAAAGGAAAAGAAGCACAAAAAUUUAAAGCAAAAAUUAAAUGCAGCAUCUACAGAGAAUUUUCAAGAAAAUAUAAAAAAGUAUGCACGUUGGUUGGAAGAUAAGCCUAUGUUAGUGCGAAUCGGAAAUGAAGAUUUUGUAAGCAAAGAAAUAUACUACCAUGGAAUGUGCAGGGUCAGUUAUCAAAGCAAGGCCGAAAAAACACCAUUGGCAAUACAAGAGAGGAAUGAAAAAGGGAUGGAAAGACAAAAACUUGAAACAUCCUGGCAUACUGCGAGAGGGAUUCACUGCAAGGCUUUUGAAGGUGUUUGUGCUUAUAUUGAUGAUCACAUCCUAAAAGAAAAAGAUGUUAUCUUACUCAGCGAGAUAAAAAAUCAAUAUCACAUGUUACUAGCAGAAAUCGGGAAUGAAGCAUUCGAAGAUAUUGAAUCGUCUUCAGCAAAACUUGAGCAAAAAUUAUUAAAGCAUUACAAAGAAAGUAUACAAAUCAUGAAGGGGAAAACAAGACGUGGAAACUUGAUAUUCUGCAGCACCAUUUCCGAAGAAGAAGCUUUCAGGAAAGAGUACUCGAUGAAGACAAAAUUGAAAGCGAAGAUUAGAGAUGUAGCGUUUGCAUUAAGGUCUGCCAUAAUGGAAAUUGAAAAAUGCCCUAUACCCGAUGAAGUGACAUUUGCAGAUAUAAAAAAAGGUGAAGUUGAGGCACCAAAUGAAUUAAUUGAAUUUUUCAGUUACCUUAUUGGUGGUCCUGACCAACGCAUAGUAAAGUCAAAUCAGAAGCAGAGGCGCAUAAAAAGUAUUGCUGACGAUGUCAUAUUUGCUGCAACAUCAGGAAAAAAAAAACCUGCAAAACAUUUGCAGCUUGGACUGGCAGUGAAAAGCAUUACAGGAAGCAAAAAAGUGAUCGAAAUGUUAAAUAGACUUGGACACUCUGUUAGCUAUAGCAUUAUCGAAGAACUAGAAACAGAAUUAACUUUUACAUCAACAAAGGCCGGGAAUGCCACACCACAUGGUAUGAAACUAAUGUCAAGUCUUGGAACAGGCGUUGCAUUCGACAACUUUGACAGAUUUGUUGAAACUUUAAGUGGAAAGGAUACCUUGCAUGAUACUGUUGGGAUAGCGUACCAAGUUGUGUCACAAAAUAAUGACAAAUCAUUGGAAGAAGAUGACGAUUCUACCCUUGGCAAUUCUCAGCUAUCUGGAAAGAAAAAACGUAGAUCAUUUCUGGCUGUAGGAUUAGACAUAGAGCCGUACAGAAAAAAACCUAAGAUGUUAACAAGAAUAAUGCUUCCACUAGAUGACCAGAGAAGGGCGUCAGAACCCCUUUCAUAUAUCAAAGCACGCAUGUACGAUACCUUGUGGAUGAUGGAUUUUUAUUUUUCACCCGACACUACACCAAUGUGGGUUGGCUGGAAUUCUAUAAUUUUUCAAAAUACCAACAAUCUGCAAAAAGUUUGGUACCUGCCACAAAUUAAUCAGUCUCCAACUUCUAUAGCUGUAGUAGCAGAAACAUUGAGGCGUGCACAGGUGAUUGCGAAUGAAUGUGGUAAAAAAAACAUUUCAGUAACAUAUGAUCUUGCGAUUGCCAAAGUGGCUAUGCAACUUCAAGCAGAAGAAUCUCCAAAGUUUGACAAUAUAUUUGUCGCUCUAGGUGCAUUCCAUGUAGAGAUGGCCAUGUUUAGCGCAUUUGGCAAGUACAUCGCUGAAUCUGGUGGUCCGCAUAUCCUAAAUGAAGCUGGUGUGAUUGAAAAAGGUUCUCUCAAGUCAUUUUUACUGGGAAAGUGUUACAAGAGAAGUAAAAGAUGUCACCAAAUACUUGCACUUGCAAUGGAGAUUCUUCAUUUUCAAUAUUUUCUUCAAGAAAGAGAGGAAAUUCAAUUAAAAGAAGAUAUCCAAGAAGAAAUCAAGUUCAUAAAAUCCCAAGAACCCUUGAACUUGCAUGAAGGACAUGAAGUAUCCAAAGAAGUCAACAAUGUCUUGCGUGAAUACAGUCAAUUCAGGCAAGAUACAGAGAAAGGAAAUCAUGGUGCAACAGCACAAUAUUGGAUGGGGUACGUCGAGAUGAUUCGACUUUACCAUGAUUUUAGUAGAAGCUUGAGGGAUGGAAACUUUGAUCUGUAUGUGUGCUGCUUGCCUAAAGUCGCAAACUAUUUCUUUAGCAUGAACCAUCCAAAUUACGCUCGUUGGAUUGUCCGUUAUCAUGAUAAUCUUCUCAAACUAAAGGACUCUCAUCCCGAGGUUUACACUGAAUUUCAAAGGGGAUUAUUUUCGCUGCGAAGAACCCAAAAGUCAUUCUCAAGAUUACCAAUCGACUUGACAUUAGAGCAAACGAUAAAUGCAGAUGCUGCAUGUCAGCGAAAAGGUAUAUCAGCUUUAACAAAUUCUAUUUCUGCUCGUCAACGAUGGGCACAAAGUCAUUCUAUUCGAACAAGUAUUGUGUCAUACGUGUUUGAAAAUUUGGGGAUGACAAAACAGGAAGACGUGUCUCAAGAUUUAAAGGCCAGCAGAAUGCGACAAAAUUCUAAAGAUUUACAUCAAGUUAUAAACAUGGUCAAGGAAACCAUGAAUCCAUUUAACGAUGCUAUUGAAAAACAAUAUCUUUUUAAUAUAGCAUCAGGAAAAGCAGCCUCACCAGACACAACAAAGUUUUUGCUCAACAUCGUUAGUGUUGGAAGCAAAGCACGUGAUAAAUUUAUUGACGAAUGUUCUAAAGAUCCAGCAAGAUUCGAAAAACCUAUACGAAGACAAACAUUACACACAUUUGCAACUGGGGGAACGAAGUAUAAUAUUAAAGCUGCUGACAACAAAGUGGUUGCUGUAACGAUGAUGAGAGAUUUGUUUGGUAGCAUCUUGUACCAUUCGCUACAAAGGAAAAUUGAUAUGGCAGAGGUACUGAAGUAUCCUCUAACACCUGUCCCUUUAUCUCUUGGACAUGUUGAUGGCAAAAUGCAAAAGACCCCUAAAGUCAAAUUAUUGAACGAGUUAGAAGCAAAAGUAAAAACUGACGAUCCAAAUCGCGUCGAUGUUAACAUAAUUGAUGGAAUGUUUUUCCUACAUCUUUUUGUUGACCUUCCAGCAACAUUUGGAGCUCUGGCAACAUUCAUUUUGAAACGCGUUUGUGCUAGCAAGGGAAACAUCAUACAUUUUGUUCUAGACAAAAUGGUACACCCGAGUAUCAAGGAUUGUGAAAGGGAUUUGCGAUGUACUGAGAGACAUGGAGCUUAUCAGAUAACUGGACCUGAGCAAAAAAGACCUUCAAACUGGUUGAAUGCAUUGAGAAAUGAUCACUUCAAAGCAGCAUUGGUGGAGUUCUUAGCCUUCUUUUGGGAAAACAACAUGCAUUCAACAGUACUUGGAAACAAAACAGUCAUAAUGAAUCGCAAUGAUACCUGCUACAUGUUUAGAGUUGAAGGAGAGAUCGUGGUCAAAACCGAGAUCGUUAAAUUGUUUUCAACUCAUGAAGAAGCUGAUUCCAGAAUUUUGUACCACCUAUCUUCGAUUCAAACACCAGCAAACGUUGUGAUAAGAACCAUAGAUACUGACGUGCUGAUAAUUGCUCUUGGCUGCCUUAGUAAGUUACCUAACAGCUUGAAUAUUUGGAUGGAAACCGGUGUUUACACUAAAAAUACAUUAAGGUACAUAAGUAUUAAUCAAAUAUACCAGAAAUUGGGCAAAAAUAUUUGCAUGGCCUUGCCAGCAUACCAUGCUUUCACUGGAUGUGACUAUACAGCAUCGUUUAGUAGGAAAGGAAAAAUUCGACCUUUCAAACUACUAGAAAAAAAUGAAAGUGUGCAAGAUGUAUUUAAACAGCUAGGAACAAAUCUUGAUGUCACAGAUGACGCUUUUGCAACGUUGGAAAAAUUUGUAUGCAGCAUGUAUGGAAAAAGGAAUCUAUCAUCUGUAGAUGAAGCUAGGUUGGUAAUGUUUUUGGAAAAGUAUAAACCAAAAGGAGAAAAUGAAGCAAUUUCCUGUGUUAAAAAGUUUGAUGGAAGUUCUCUACCACCUUGUUUACGAGUGUUGCGUCAAAAGAUUUAUCGAACAAAGUAUGUUGCACAGUUAUGGAUGUCAUCAAUAACGUCCGAGCCUCCAAAUCACCUUCCUGAAGACAUGGGUUGGCUGCUGAAAGAUGGCAGCUAUAUCAUUAAGUGGUACGAAGGCGAAAUGUCUCCAAAAGCAGUAGAUGUCACCAGCAAUGAAAAUUAUUAUGGAUUCUCCAGAGAAGUAGAAGAUUUUGAAGGGUUUGAUGAACUGUCAAGUGAUGACGAUUCAGACAGUGAUGACGAAACUAGUGACGAAGACGUGUAAUGAUAAUUUAAGAUGCUGAUGCAGAACAAUAUCAAUCAUGCUGCUAUAACCUAUUGUACAUAUUUAUAUUUUAUUAAAUGCUAUCAGAGCAUUUCUUUUUUAAUUUGAUAUCGCUAACUAUUGUCUGACCUGAUCAAGAGACCGUAAUUUUUGGUUUGCUUUUUGCCAAAUCACAAUAGUCUUACAAAAUUUUAAGUUUGUACCUUAUGAGGUCUAAUUUGAGUCCCUGUUCAGAUCUUUGUCUGACCUGCUGAUAGGACCGCAUUUUUUGGUAAGCUCGACCAUUUAUGUAUUACAUAGUUAGUAUAGAACACAAAUAUUGAGUUUGGGCUUUGUAGUCAUUGGUUUUUUUUACCCUCUAAAAGUUGUUUAAAAUAGGGAUUUGGGGCGAGACUUGGUCUGACUAGGCCAAGAGACCCAAAUUUUUGGUCAGCUUUAUGACCACUGACAUUACACUAUGUUAGAGAAUGUUUGUGCAAAAUUUGGAGUUUGUAGCUUAUGGGGACAAAUUAAGGUCCUAAAUAUGGUCUUUGAGGGGGGUCUGACCCAGUCUUAAGACCCAAUUUUUCGGUAAGCUUUAUCAUUUUUCAGAUUCUCUCAUAUAAUGACACACGUUACUAACUUUUAAGCUUUGAGAAUUAUGGGACCAAAUAGGAGUCUCGAAUUAGGGUAAUUUUAGGGGCCUGGGACCCAAACGCCCCCAAAUUGGGUCAGCUGACCAUGUGAUUUUUAUUGUCCGUGAUACUACCAACCUAUUUAGAGGGUCAAACCUUUUGUAGAAAAUGGGACCUAAAGUUCUGUUAUGAGCUCCUGGACUAUCAAUAAUUUACUCUCUCGUUGAAGAUUCUUCGAAAAUGCUGAUGGUGCAUGGUUUGAUAACAGUUGAUCUGAAAAAGAAGUACAUUUAAAAAUAAGAAACAAGAAUACAA